AUGCACCCCAGUACCUCUCAAUGCAGAUCGUACCCAUGGCUCACCUUGAUGAGGCCCAUCAAUCAUUGGAAACUUUCUGCAGAGUGUGAGAUGUUGUACAAAGCUCCGUUUUGUUUAUCGAACAUGUAUCUGUAUUUACAUUUGCGAGAGACAGUUAUGGGCUUUGACCCAGUUUACGGCUAUUGGUUGUGCAGUUUUGAAAGAUGCAACGGCAUUUUGAGAAAUUACGCGCCCAACGGAAGAGACGAGCUCACUGCCAUACCAUUCGAUAUCAACGCUUUUCUUGAUUUUCCUGAGAUCAACUUUGAUAUUAUAAUGGGAAACGAGCAUCUGCCCCGUAUGGACUUCCUUUAG